AUGUAUUCAACUAGCAACAAUUACAACUCUUUUGCAAAUAUUGCCUGUUGGAAUGCUAACACUAGUGAUGUUGAAUGGCAAGAUCCUGAUGAAACAUAUAUUUGUUUAGAUAGUAAUUUUAGUUUGGCGACUGAUAGUAUUAAAGAAUCAUCAAUUACUUCAGAUGAUAAUAAUGCUAUUUGUGAAUUUUCUUUUAAUUCUAAUUAUAGUGUAUUUCAAAAAGCUCAAGAAGCUGCAUAUAGUUUUGAAAAAAAUAAUAAUAUUGAUAUUGAUGCUUAUGAAAUUUCUACUAGCAAUGCCAAUUAUGAUGAAAUUGUUACUAGCAAUUUAGCUCAAUGUGUUGUUCUUGACAUUUAUAAUGGAGAAAUAAAAUGCUGUCCUAAUUAUGAAAGUUCUGGACAUUUAUUAAGACCUCUUUGCCAGCUUGUUGGAACUUGGAAAAUUGAUGAAUCGGAUCCGAAAUUACAGCUCUUAUUACAAUAUGUUCUAUCAGUAAAUUUAACAAGAAAAGGUCAUUUUUUUGCUCUUGAUGAGGCUCUUGAAUGUUUUGAUGUUAAAUAUGUUAAGGAUAAUAUUGGGUUUUACUUAGGUAAUGAGGAUCAAAUAAAAUUACAAAUACAUUCGAUACAAGAUGAAAGAGAAUGCUUAGAUUUAAUUUUGCAUUACUAUGUUAGGGAUGAUACUAUUAUUCCUAAAGAUCGUAAACUAAUAUCUAGAUAUAAUAUAAUAGACAGUUUAAAAUGCAAAUUAGUUCAGGUGUUUACUCAAGACUCAAAUACAUAUGAACUUUUUAAAAAUACAUCAGAAUAUACAGAAGAAGGUUUUAAUAAUUUAUUUACUUGUUAUGAUAUAUGCAUUAAAAGAUUAAAAGAGAUUCAUUCACAAGAAAUUACCAAAGAUAUUCCUUAUAAUACUAAAGGAUAA